AUGGAUGCACAUAUUUACCCGCAGCCCCUAGUUUUUCUGCUCUGUGCCGUUACCAUCUUUGAAGUCUCUCUUUUCUGUCUGCCGCCGCAUUCCCUCUACCGCGCCGCAGCCAUCGCUCUGCUCGCGGCCGUGACCUACAGCUUCCAGCUCAGCCUCCUGGAACACAUCCCAAAUCGCGCCUUUCUAUCUCUCGCGUUGGGCGCAACCUGGACUACAUUCUUGAACGCUUUCGAGAUCCUUAUUGUGUCAAAUGUCGGCCCUCAAGACCCCGGCCUUCAGUUAGCCAAUUCCGAAAAGCCGAUCUACCAGGCACUUCGGGCAGCCACAUUACCAUUCAACUGGCGGCGCAUCGGAACUAAGUGGCAGAUUAAGGCCCCAGCCUCGACGGAAGAUGGCUCCAUACCCGGGCGCGUGCGUUUCCUUUUCAGGAGACUGGGUGUUCUAAUCGCCUGCUAUCUCGUCAUAGACCUCUGCGCUGCCGGUCCUCCGCCAGACCCAAAUAUGAUCACGAGAGAGAAGCAAACUAUCUCGUAUCUGCUUGCUGGCACGGGGGCAACCUCAGAAGACGUCGGUUUUCGGGUGAUAAGUACCAUUGUCUUCCUUAUCAACGCAGCCCUUGGCGUGAUCGGGGUCUACAACCUUCUAGCAAUAGUUGCCGUCCUUUGCGGUGACCAGCCACAGAGCUGGCCUCACAUCUGGCAGGGCUGGCCGAGUCAGGCGUAUUCUGUGAGAAGAUUCUGGAGCAAUUACUAUCACCAAGGUCUGCGUAAGGCGCUCAGUGGGCCAGCUGAUUGGAUAGUUGAUUUGGUUAUCCCCCGUGGUAACCUAAUCUCGCGGUACUCGCGGCUCGCUCUUGCAUUUUUCUUCUCUGCAAUGCUACACCACCAGGCUGAGGGAUCUGAAAAUGGACAAUUAAUUUUCUUCAGCAGUCAGGCAUUUGGUAUCAUGCUAGAAGAUACAGCUCACUGGCUGUAUAGCUUUAGCCCCAUACAGCUCCCUCGACACGUUGAGCACGCCUUGGGGUACCUUUGGGUGCUAGUAUGGUUAGUGUGUCUCGUGCCGUACUGGUCUUAUUCGACAAUGCGCAUAAUAGACGACCCUGUGAGGGAUCGAGCAACGUUUGAGAUUUUCAAGAAGGUCUUAUCCAAGUAA